AUGAAAUUCGAUCCACCUUCUCUAGUCCUCCUCGUGGCAGUGUCCCUCCUCUGGAGCUGCCAUGGUCGGGAGUAUAAUUACAAGCCGCCUGGUCGCGGUUACUUCUAUCCAAAGCCACCAGCCAGAUUACCACCUCGGCCAGUCGUCAAUGGAUCCGUGGUUAUAACUCCAACAUCGCCAUCACCGCCGGGCAUACAAUCGGAUUUCAUUGACGAUCUGAUCGAGGGCCAUAAGCAGCAAAUCUUAUCGAAUGUCCUGGGCGUGGCCAGUGAAACUCCCUCGGAUCCGGUCUCAUCCUCGUCCUCAUCCUCAUCCUCAUCUUCAGCUCCAUUUUCAUUUUCCCCCCUUGAGGGCGGUGGUGCCAAGGCGUUCCGCGUUAAUCGCUGUGCCAGCUGCACCUGCGGUGUACCCAAUGUGAAUCGCAUCGUGGGCGGCUCCCAAGUGCGGACGAAUAAAUAUCCUUGGAUUGCCCAGAUCAUACGCGGCACCUUCCUGUUCUGCGGCGGAACCUUAAUCAACGAUCGGUAUGUCCUGACCGCCGCCCAUUGUGUCCACGGGAUGGACAUGCGGGGCGUGUCCGUGCGCCUGCUGCAGCUGGACAGGAGUUCCACCCAUUUGGGGAUUACCCGUUCGGUGGCCUUCGCCCAUGCCCAUGUGGGUUAUGAUCCGGUGAGCCUGGUCCAUGACAUUGCCCUCCUGCGACUGGAUCAACCGAUCCCUCUGGUGGAUCCCAUUCGUCCCGCCUGUUUGCCAAGUAAUUGGUUGCAAAACUUUGACUUCCAGAAGGCCAUCGUGGCCGGUUGGGGUUUGAGUCAGGAGGGUGGCUCCACAUCCAGUGUCCUGCAGGAGGUGGUGGUGCCCAUCAUAACGAAUGCCCAAUGUCGGGCUACAUCUUAUAGAUCCAUGAUUGUGGAUACUAUGAUGUGUGCGGGUUAUGUCCAGACGGGUGGCAAGGAUGCGUGUCAGGGUGACAGCGGUGGUCCUUUGAUAGUCAAGGAUCGCAUUUUCAGGCUAGCUGGUGUGGUAUCCUUUGGCUAUGGCUGUGCCAAGCCCGAUGCUCCUGGUGUCUAUACUCGAGUCUCUCGUUAUUUGGAUUGGAUAGCAGUGAAUACAAGGGACUCCUGCUAUUGCAUUAAUUAG